CCCAGUCUCUUCUAUUCUGUUCUUUCGGGCAGAAAGCUUGAGUUUGUUUUCAUUUGCAGGGUGGAAUCGAGUGAGAACUAGUUUUUUAGUGUGUGUUUGUGAAUGGGUGACAAUUUAUUUGAAGGAUUACCGCCACCUUCUUCUCAACAACAAAAUCGAGAUCAUGAACCAGAGCAAGAACAACAAUCUACAACAAACAAGAAGAAAAGAGAAUCUUCUCCAGUUCCAGCUCCGGCCCCUAUCCUCAAAAGCGCCCUCAAGAAACCCAAGUCUAACCCAGAAGCCACUGUGCCUCAAAAGUCCUUGAGGUUUAAAACAACAACAGAUGCCUCGCAAAAGCAAGUUAUUGAUGCCAUGCAGAAAAUAGCAUUGCAUAUCAAGAACCCCAUGAAGUUUGGUAAGGCUUCGAAGCUUGCUAUACAGAUGAUUCAGGCUGCAAGUGUGAAACCAGGGACCAGUGAUCACUUUUUUGCCAUACUGGAGGCUGCAAUGUCGUUACCCACUUCAUGCACGGAUGCUUCAGUGCGAGCAGAUUAUCAUGCAUUGUUCUCUGCGGCACAAGAUGCAGCUGAAUGCCUCACUAAGAAGCAGAAGAACCAAUUAACUACAUGGACAAUUAGGACAGUGGUAGCGAAUGACUUGUUAACCGACGACAGCUUUGUGUUUUCAAAAACAUCUACACAAAUAAAAGAGAUCAUAUCUAAUCUUCCAGUGGCAACUGAGGAUGACGAUGUUGAGGAAGCUGCGGCCCUGAAAGAUGAUACAGAAAUAACUAAUGAAGACGAUCAAAGUAAGCAGGAUGUGCUUUCAGCUUCCCUGGCAGAAGGAAAUAACAAAAAUGAGUCUGAUCCAUUUGGGCUUGAUGCUCUAAUCCCUAACAAAACAAAGAAAGAUGACAGAACAAAGGUUAAGAAAGAGACAGCAGAUUCUAUCAGGAAGGAGGAAGAGGAAGAGAAUAAGAGGUUUCUCAAGGAGCAGAGAGAAGCCUUGGUUACUUGUUUAGAGAUUGCUGCGCAUCGUUACAAAACUCCAUGGUGCCAAACAGUGAUAGACAUCUUGGUGAAGCAUGCCUCCGAUAAUGUAGCAAGAUUUACAGCUCGACAAAGGGAUGCCAUUGAGAAACUUUGGGCUUCUAUAAAGGAACAACAAACUCGCAGGAGGCAAGGGAAAUCAGUAACUGGGAAACUGGAUGUAAAUGGUUUUGAAUGGCUUCAACAAAAAUAUGCUAGUGAAAAGAUUAGUAUUCGGCAUUCUGUUGGUGGUGGUGGGGAUCGCCGUGCUCAACAGUGGCUUGGUUGAUACUUAACUAUCAUGUGUUUGCAUUUGUUCUAUGUCAUCGAUGAUGCGAAUUCAUUCAAAGAAAGGCAGUUGGAACUAUUCAUUGAGCUUCAGAUUAUUUAAUUGUGUAAUGCUUUCAGUUGUACAACUUUCGAUGACUGAUUCUCUUCACAUGUAAACUUGCGUGCUAAUGUUAUAUCUUCUCUGUUUGGCAUC